UGCCGGGCGGGAUGAGGGCGCUGCCCCCGCGCUGGGCACCCCUGGCGCUACGGGCGGCGGGCAGGUGCUGUGGGCCGCCCGUCCCCCGCCGCGGUUGCAGCGGCUCCGCCGAUGCCGGCGGCCGCAAACCCCUCCAGGAGUGGGCGCUGUCGGUGAGCCCGCGGGGUCGGCUGCGGGUGCGGCUGCCCUGCCAGGUGAGCGUCCGCCCGCUGGACCCGCAGCGCUACCCGGACGCGGACCGCGUGCUGGUGACUGUCAGCGGCGCCGGCGGCAGCCCCUCGCCCCGCGGCCGGGAGCAGGACCGCGUCCGGGUGGAGUACGACGAGGCGCUGGAGCAGAUGGUGAUAGUGGCGGACGGCCUGGACAGCAAGGCCGCCGUGGACGUGAGGACACCCGUGAAGUUCGAUUUGGAUAUCAAAACAUCAGGGACUGGCUGCGUGAAGAUUCAGAAACUAGAAUGUGAUAACUGCAAAAUAGAAACAGAGAAGGGGACUAGUGUCCUGCAGUCAAUAAAGAGCCAUAAAAUAGAUAUACGGACAAACGGUGGCAAAGUAAUUGGUCUUGGAACACUUCAUGGAAAUACAGAUAUUCAUGCAACAGAGAAGGGUAGCGUGAAUAUAGAGAAGCUGCAGGGGACAUCCAUCAACAUAUCUACUGAAGAUGGGCUGCUGAAAACUAAGUAUCUCUAUGCAGAAUCAUCAUGUCUGUCUUCAGUAGCUGGUGAUAUUCUGCUGGGAAGUAUUCAUGGUAACAACAGCCUUCAGACCAAAACUGGGAGUAUCACAGUAGAUUCAUCAGAUGGAAGUCUAAAAGCUUCUACACAUCAUGGGACUAUAGAUGUUUAUGUCAGUCAAUUAAGAAAAGUGGAUCUGAAAUCCCAGAAAGGUUCAAUUACAGUCAAGGUACCUGCCUCUCUCAAAGCCUAUUUACAGUUGUCUGGAAGGAAAGUGGAUGUGAGCUCAGAGAUUCAAUUAAAAGAAACACAGAGUGCCUCCAAAGAUGAUCAUGUAACUAUAAGUGGUCACAUGAAUCAACGGGAUGAAACAGACAGGUGGAUUAAGGCUGACACACAAAAUGGCAAAGUGUGUCUUAAAAGCCAAAGUUGGAUCCAGUCUGUCAAGCUGAAGAGCUCUUAAAGGGGAAAUAGGCCAAAGAGAUUGUAAAGGAACAUUUCUGUAAAAUUAUGAACCUUUUUUGAUGUAUAUUCUUGAUAUAAGAGAGAAAUAAUAUUAAAAAUGAGGGUUCUUUCACCCAAGAUUUACCCGUGACUGUGGCUGGUGCUUAUCAGAUCACUUUUAGUGCCUUUUAGGAACAACAGGAUCUUACAUAUUCAGGGUUUGUGUAACUUGACCACUCACCAUGGCAGUUUAAAAACUCGUAACUUUCAAACAAAAGUUUGGAGUAAGGGAAGAGCCCACAUCACUGUUCCCUUCAGGUAAAAGCUGCCACAAAAUGGAAGUAUUGGCCUAAUAAAUGAGAACAGUGAUCCGUUUCUUUGCUA